AUGUGGUCUUGGUGGCUCGAGAAGCAGAACCAGAUAAAAAAUGGUGAGAUACCAGCCAACACCCCAGGUUAUGCUAUGGUCAAGUGGAACAAUGAGGCCGAACAGAGAUGGCUCAAGACGCUCAAUGUUGAGGCUAUGAACGAGGAGUAA